UCCUCGGGAUCACGGCUCUGGGUGUCAACUUCUUUCUUAUCAUCAGCCGGAGGGAAAGUCUCUUCCGGACGGCUGGACGGUCUUGGCUUGUAGCGCAGCGGCGCUAUCAUUCACCAACAUGAGAAUGUGAGAGAAUGUGAGCAAGCUUCGAUGAACUUGCGACAUUCGCUGUGGAUGCCGCGGGGCUGUCAAGCAGUGUCUCCUCCUCUUCCGGGACACAGGAAGCGUGAACCACUCGAGCAAAGAGAAGAGAGAAAGCAAGAAAAGGAAAAAGUUUUUUUAACACUGACAUGGACGAGGUACUUCUCCUUUCUUGCAAGUUUUCUAAUGUUUCCUAUGUUGUUCUCUUUCGCCGGCCCAGGACAGGUACAGUUUUACCGUGACUUAACGGAGGAAUUCGAUCAAGAGAGCUGUCUGCUUGUGGCCCUUGAGCUUUCCCGGCUUAAAAUGCUCGAUGGCAACAUUGUCUCCAAACGCGUGAAAAGGAUCAUACGUUUAUGAUCCGACCGGUGAUGAAAGCGGCAAUUGGUUUCCCAUCGAUGGAUACUUCUUCUCCCAGAGCAGCAUAGCGAGCGAGCGAACGAGCGAAGAAGAAGAAGAAGAAGAGAAACCACUGUCAAAGCCAACCUCCAAAAUUUUCUAGCCGCGGGGUCACUGUGCGCGAAUCAUCUAGCGAACCCCCCGGGAUCCGACGGUCGCGGUCGCCACAACCGCUAGAUGUGCCUGAUCUCAGCCAUGCGUACGUCCGGCGGGCGGCUCCGUACGCAUUGGACACGUGUCAGAGACUGUGCCACGUGGCGGGCUUAAACCCUAAUCCAUGGAGCCCUGGACUAAAAUGAGGAUUUGUUUUGCGGGGCGGAAGGGAUGGAGUCUUCCUAUAAAUGCGGCGAUGGGGAGCUCGUGAGUGCUCAACUACGACCGAGACGACGACGACGACGACGGGCUUCUAAGGAGGAUUGGAAGCUUUUCCAAUUGGAUCACCUCUCCCAACCCGAACUGACACGCGAAUUUCGGCAGGUCUGGAUCUCGGCCACCUCGCAAGAACACUUGUAAGGUUGGAAGCGGACAAAUCCAUCGCCUCUCCUUGGCACCAUUAGCAGCAAAUCUCCUCCACAUGCUAUAAGUCCGCGAUCAAUCACCAAUCCAGCAAGACGAACGAUCCCACGAACACAUAGAACAAGAGCUCCCCCUCCGCGAUCAUGGCAUGGGCAGCGACGCACAAGGUCGCGCUGGGGAGCAUCGCAUUCGCGGUGUUCUGGAUCCUGGCAGUCUUCCCAGCAGUGCCAUUCCUCCCAAUUGGCAGAACCGCGGGAUCCUUGCUCGGCGCCUCGCUCAUGGUCGUCUUCCAAGUGAUCUCUCCCAACCAGGCCUUCGACGCCAUCGAUCUCCCCAUCCUGGGCCUCCUCUUCGGCACCAUGGUCGUGAGCGUCUACCUCGAGCGCGCCGAUCUCUUCAAGUAUCUGGGCUCGGGGCUCUCGUGGCGGAGCCGCGGCCCGAAGGAUCUGCUGUGCCGGAUUUGCGUCCUCUCGGCGCUGAGCAGCGCGCUCUUCACGAACGACACCACUUGCGUGAUCUUCACCGAGUUCGUGCUCAGGCUUUGCAAGCAGCACCGCGUGCCAGUGCUGCCGUACCUCAUGGCGCUCGCCACCAGCUCCAACAUUGGCUCCGCCGCCACCGCCAUUGGCAAUCCGCAGAACCUGGUCAUCGCGGUGGAGAGCAAGAUCUCCUUCUUCAAGUUCCUCGUGGGUGUUCUUCCGGCAAUGGCACUGGGGAUCUUCGUCAACACCGUGCUCCUGCUGCUCUUCUACUGGAAGAGCCUCAAGCCGCUGCCCAAGAUCGAUGAUCGCCACGCCAUCGCCGCUGGAGACGUGGAGAGUGGUGGUGGUGGCGGUGGUGGCGGACAACUUGACAAGCCAGCGGCGAUGAUUCAAAUGCCAGAAGUUGGCGGCGCUGCUCCAAAGGUGGCCGAGCUCCCGGAAGACGAUCACGACCGCGAGCACGACCACGUCAGCCUCGUCCGCGUCCAGCCCCUCGCCGCCAGCCCCUCGAGCUACCAGGAAUCCGGCAAGACCAUCGCCGCCGCGGACGCGGAGCAAACAGAGGAAACAGAGCACGAUCCGCCAAACUGGCUCCACUCCCCGGCAGUGAUCGACGAUCUCCUCCGCCUGGAAUCGCGGAGAAGCUCGAGAAGCUCGAGCUCCUUCCGCCGCUCACGAUCCACGCGGAGCCACGUCCCGGAAGAAUUCGAUGAGGAGGCGGGAGCGCUACCACCACCACCAUCAUCGCCGCCGCUAAAGACAACACGCGCAUCCAGGCUCCGGAGGAAAGUGUGGAAGGUUUGCGUCUACCUCGUCACCCUGGCGAUGCUGGCGGCGCUGCUCUACGGCCUCAACCUCUCGUGGACGGCGCUCACGGCGGCGGUGGUGCUCAUCGUGCUCGACUUCUCCGACGCGGGGCCGUGCCUGGAUCAAGUCUCGUACUCGCUCCUCGUCUUCUUCUCGGGGAUGUUCGUCACGGUGGACGGCUUCAAUCGCACCGGAGCGCCCGGCCAGCUCUGGAAGGCCGUGGAACCCCACGCGCGGAUCGACAGCGUGUCCGGGAUCGCGCUCCUCUCGCUCGUCGUCGUGCUCCUCUCCAACGUCGCGUCCAACGUCCCGACGGUGCUGCUGCUGGGGUCGAGGGUGGCGGCGUCCGCGGCGGCGACGAGCGGCGCGAGCGUGACGCGGGCAUGGCUGGUCCUGGCCUGGGUCAGCACCGUGGCGGGGAAUCUCACGCUCGUCGGCUCCGCCGCCAACUUGAUCGUGAGCGAGCAAGCGCGCCGGGCGGAGAGCGAUAAGUUCAAUCUCUCCUUCUGGAAGCACUUGGCGUUUGGAGUGCCAUCCACAUUCAUCGUCAUCGCGGUCGGGCUCCCUUUGAUCCAAGGCUGACGAGAUGGUGUCAGUGGUCAUAUCAUCGGAUAUCGGUUGAUCGAUCGAUCACUACUCCGUGGAAAAGGAAUCGCGGGGAAGUCUUGGUUUGAUCGAUUGAUGGAGAUGGACCAAGAAAUCAACCAAGUCCACAAGAAAAAAAACUCUUUUAGUCUAUGAUUGAUAGAUAAGUCUCUCCAAACUGCGGGAGCGAUCCAGUAAGAACAAAAAGAAUGAAGAAAAAUGUCUGAAUAUCUCACCAA